AUGAGCGCAUUAGCAGCAGCCCGUUAUGGCAAGGACAACGUCCGCGUCUGCAAGGUCCAACGUGAUGAGAAGACAGGGAUCCAGACUGUCGUGGAGAUGACCGUCUGCGUCCUGCUGGAAGGCGACAUCGAUACCUCAUACACUAAAGCCGACAACAGCGUCGUUGUCGCAACCGACUCAAUCAAGAACACCAUCUACAUCACAGCCAAGCAAAACCCUGUAACUCCACCCGAGCUCUUCGGCUCAAUUCUGGGCACACACUUCGUCGAAAAGUACAGCCACAUCCACGCCGCCCACGUCAACAUCGUGACCCACCGCUGGGUGCGCAUGGAGAUCGACGGCAAGCCGCACCCGCACUCAUUCGUCCAGCCGGGCUCCGAGACCCGCGACGUGCAGGUCGAUGUCAUCGAGGGCAAGGGCAUCGACAUUAACUCCGCUAUCAACGGCCUGACCGUGCUGAAAAGCACCGGUUCUCAGUUCUGGGGCUUCCUCCGCGAUGAGUACACUACCCUCAAGGAGACCUGGGAUCGUAUCCUCAGCACCGAUGUCACUGCGAACUGGCAGUGGCGCCGCUUCGCUACUCUGGCAGAUGUCAAGACACACUCGGGGAAGUUCAAUGCGGCUUGGGAGGCGGCGCGCGGUAUUACCCUCAAGACUUUUGCUGAGGAUAACAGUGCCUCUGUUCAGGCCACGAUGUAUAAGAUGGGAGAGCAGAUUCUUGCUGCUGUCCCUCUGCUAAAUACCGUUGAGUACCAGCUGCCUAAUAAACAUUACUUUGAAGUUGAUCUCAGCUGGCACAAGGGCCUCAAGAACACUGGCAAGGAUGCAGAUGUGUACGCGCCGCAGACCAACCCCAAUGGUCUCAUCAAGUGCACCGUUGCCCGCGCUGGCCAAAAGGCUAAGCUGUGA